ACGUACUCGUGCACAGAAAAAGGAGGAGAUGAGUCUUGUGCUCCUGGUGAGCGUGGCACUGCUGGGGCUUGAGUGUGGUGAAAUCCCCGAGCCCCCCGAGGCGGCGGCUGCGGCAAGCGCUGGGCACGGAGAAUUACCGGAGGCAGACCCGUGCCGCCACUCGUCCUGCCUGCGGCGGGACCUGCCAAGUUGUGCCUUGGGCUUCAAGGCACAACCUUGUGGUUCGAGUGCCGUCUCCCGUGUUCGCAUCGGGGCUCUCUGCGUCCUCAUCUGCAGCGGCACAGCCACCCUCGUCGCUGCCAAAGGCUUUGCUGACAGCUGGGGCAGGGAGCUGAAACUGCGAAACUACGAGCCUGAAGAUGAAGAGCUGAAGAAGAGGAAGGUGCCCCAGGCCAAACCAGCCUCAGUGGAAGACAAGGUGAAGGACCAGCUGGAGGCCGCCAAGCCAGAGCCCAUCAUCGACGAGGUGGAUCUGGCAAACCUGGCCCCCAGGAAGCCAGACUGGGAUUUGAAGCGAGACGUAGCCAAGAAACUGGAGAAGCUGGAGAAGAGGACGCAGAGAGCCAUCGCUGAAUUGAUACGAGAGCGGUUGAAAGGGCAGGAGGAGGAGCUGGCGUCCGCUGUCGGGUCAGCAAAGCAGGAGGGAAGUGACUCCGACUGA